AGGGAGGUGCAUCCUUCCAUGCCUAGCCACUGGUUGGUAACACUGCCAGAUACAUACUUGUGCUCUAUACAUUCCAAUCCAAAGAAUAAGCUAUAUAAAUUAUUGGAAAUUCCAAUUCCAAUUUGGAAUACAUAAAAUCAAGUGUAGUCAAAUGGAAGUAAAACAAGAAAUUAGCGAGGAAACAUAUAAAAUAGAAAUAGAGAAUAAUGACUUCGAUUAUGCUGUUUUGGACGGCUUUAAAUGUGAAAUUCAGGGAGAAUCCGAUAUUCAAAGUACUCAUAACACAUAUGAUUCUUUAGGUUUAAAGAAAUGUUCCAUAAAUACUGAAAUAGAACAACAUGAAAAUAAAUUUAACCCAUUUGAAGAAAAUCAAAAAACUGAAAAAGGUUAUCUCCAAGAUGAAAACAAAAUGGAAAUUAUGGAGAAACUCAUCCAAGAUUCAUCAUAUGAAGAAAAUGUUAUGAGUCGACACACUGAGGGAAAAAUAUUAAAUAAAAAUAUGAAAAUUGUGACUGGAAAAAGAAUUUAUAAAUGUAAAAUUUGUUUAAAGCAGGUUUCUCACAAAUGUUUUUUGAAAAUGCAUAUGAGAGUACAUACUGGAGUAAAACCAUACAAGUGUGAGAUUUGUUUUAAGCAGUUUACAACAUCACGUAAUUUGAAAUAUCAUUUGAGAUUGCAUACUGGAGAAAAACCUUACAAGUGUGAAUUUUGUUUUAAGCAGUUUAUUAGAUCAAGUUCUUUGACAGUACAUUUGAGAAUUCACACCGGAGAAAAACCUCACAAGUGUGAAAUUUGUUUUAAGCAGUUUAUUCGAAAAGGUAAUUUAACUGAACACAUGAAAGUUCACACUGAAGAAAAACCCCACAAGUGUGAAAUUUGUUUUAAACAGUUUAAAACAUCAGGUAAUUUGAAAGUACAUUUGAAAGUGCACACUGGAGAAAAGUCUCACAACUGUGAAAUUUGUUUUAAGCAGUUUAGUAAAGCAGGUAAUUUGAAUGUACAUUUAAGAGUACAUACUGGGGAAAAGCCUUACAGGUGUGAAACUUGUUUAAAGCAGUUUAUUAAUUCAAGUAAAUUAAAAAAACAUUUGUGGACUCAUAUAGGAGAAAAACCUUACAAGUGUGAAACUUGUUUAAAACAGUUUACUACUGCAAGUGAAUUGAAGACACAUUUGAGAACUCAUACUGGAGAAAAACCUUACAAGUGUGAGAUUUGUUUUAAGCAGUUUUCUCAACUAAAUACUUUGAAAAAUCAUUUAAGAACGCACACUGGAGAAAAACCUCAUAAGUGUGAAAUUUGUUUUGAGCAAUUUAGUUUAGCAUUUACUUUGAAAAGACAUUUAAUAAUACACACUGGAGAAAAACCUUACAAGUGUGAAACUUGUUUAAAACAGUUUACUUAUGCAAGUAAUUUGAAAGGACAUUUGAGAACUCACACUGGAGAAAAACCUUACAAGUGUGAAAAUUGUUUUAAGCAAUUUUCUCACCUACAUACUUUGAAAAAUCAUUUAAGAAUGCACACUGGAGAAAAACCUCAUAAGUGUGAGAUUUGCUUUAAGCAGUUUUCUCAACUAAAUACUUUGAAAAAUCAUUUAAGAACGCACACUGGAGAAAAACCUCAUAAGUGUGAGAUUUGUUUUAAGCAGUUUUCUCAACUAGAUACUUUAAAAGCACAUUUAAGAACGCACACUGGAGAAAAACCUCACAAGUGUGAGAUUUGUUUUAAGCAGUUUUCUCAAUUAGAUACUUUAAAAGCACAUUUAAGAACGCACACUGGAGAAAAACCUCAUAAGUGUGAAAUUUGUUUUGAGCAAUUUAGUUCGGCAUGUACUAAGAAAAGACAUUUAAGAAUACACACUGGAGAAAAACCUUAUAAGUGUGAAACUUGUUUAAAACAGUUUGGUUAUGCAAGUGGUUUAAAAGAACAUUUGAGAACUCACACUGGAGAAAAACCUUAUAAGUGUGAAACUUGUUUAAAACAGUUUAUUUCUGCAAGUGUUUUGAAGAAACAUUUGAGAUCUCAUACUGGAGAAAAACCUCAUAAGUGUGAGAUUUGUUUUAAGCAGUUUUCUCAACUAAGUACUUUGAAAAAACAUUUAAGAACACACACUGGAGAAAAACCUUAUAAGUGUGAAAUUUGUUUUAAGCAAUUUAGUGAAGCAGGUACAUUGAAAACACAUUUAAGAAUACACACUGGAAAAAACCUUACAAGUGAGAAACUUGUUUAAAACAUUUUAGUUAUGCAAGUCAUUCAAAAGAACAUUUGAGAACUCACACUGGAGAAAAACCUCAUAAGUGUGAAAUUUGUUUUAAGCAGUUUACUGCAGCAUAUAAUUUGAAAAGACAUUUGAGCGUGCAUACUGGAGAAAAGCAAGUGUAAAACUUAAUUAAAACAGUGUAUUACUGUGAGUAAUUUCAAAAACAUUUACUGUACGUGGGAAGCGUACGUCGGAAAACGAUAAGUAAUUAAUAAUUGUAGCGCAAACUAUUGUCGAUAUUUAAAAAUAGUAUUAUAUAUAGUUUACUGUAGUAUUAGGAAAGUAUAAUACAAGUUUAAAGAUAAUAAAAGAAUUGACUUUGGAUAUAUUACUUCUAAAUUAUAAAACUCGUUAUAUUUACAAUAAAAGUAUACUAAGUCCGCAUAAAUGGAAUAUCUAAAUAAAAAGCUUUUC